AUCGAUUGCAUCAACAUCGAAGCUCCCAAUAGCCGUUUCGUUUCUCAAUUCAACAUCAGCUCUGCACUUAGACGUCCAAUCAAACCCAAUGGCACUACCAUGCCGAUGAUAUCAGAAGAAGGCGUCGACGAAGACGCCGUCCGUCUCCACGACAGAGACGGCAACCGUCUCUUUUCCCGCCAGGACUCAUCAAGCUCGAGCAACCUCCCCAACGACGAGCACGGCAACGAACACGAGGACGAGGAAGGAGCCUACUCCUCCGCCUCGGACUCAGGCACCGAAGGCGACGGAGACGACGACGAACACCUGCCCUCGCAGCCGCCAAUAUCCCGAAACACGUUCGCACCGCCCUUCUACGGCCGCCCACCGACGCCGCUACCACCUUCUCCAUCCCUCACCUCCCUGCUCCGGCCAUCACGUCCGACGACCCCCGACGUGUCCGACGACGAUGGCGGCAACGGCACCGGCACCGGCGGCGGAGGAGGCGGCACGGGCCACGCGGGCAGCGAGGGACCCCUCCCGCGGGCCCGCCCCAAGGUACCGACGUACGAAUACUACGGCUUCGUGCUCUACCUGUUCAGCUCGCUGUCCUUCCUGAUCUACCUGCUGUGGAGCUACCUGCCGUCGCCGUUCCUGCACGCGUUAGGCAUCUACUACUACCCGAACCGGUGGUGGUCGCUGGCGAUCCCCAGUUUUCUGGUCAUGCUGCUCGUGUACAUUUACGUCGCGCUGGCGGGGUACAACCUCGAGAUCCUGACGCUGCCGCUGGAGAGCGUCGAGACGGUGGUGGAUGAGGCGGCCAUGGUGGCUGUUGUCGAUGGGAAGGGGAGGAUAUUGAGGGGAGAUAAGAGGAGGCGAAGGGCAGGAGGCGGGAAGGGGUCUGGGUCCGGGUCCGGGUUGAAGGGCGGCCGGGAGCAAGGGAGGGAAAAGCAGCAGCCUGCUGCUGCAGGGAAGGAUGAAGGGGGAUUGCAGGGGGGAAGCGGCUUAAAUUGGCGGGAGGUUUGGAACGAGGGGACGGAUGCGGUCAUGGAUGUGCCGUUGGCUGGGGUGUGCGAGGUGUUGUAUAGUGAAGGGAGGGAUUGGGAUAGCGAGGUUGAGGGAGACGAUGUGGUGAUCACGAGGGUGUAGUAGGGCACGGCCUAUGGUACGGCGUUUAGGUUGACGCUAGGGACUAUGAAGAAAUCCAGCCUUGAUGAUACCCUUUUUAUUUUCUUCAGGGGUUUUCUUCUCCUGAAAUCGAACAUCGUCUACAGAUAACUUGGACACAAGGAAGUACUCGGACAGAGACGCUGUUCAAGGCAAGACAUAUCCAUAUCAC